AUGUUUCGGAAUAGUCUCAAGAUGCUUCUUACUGGAGGGAAAUCAAGUCGUAAGAAUAGAUCAAGUGAUGGAGGGAACGAGGAAGCACCGGAUCGAAGACAGUCAAGUGUAGACUCUCGCCAAAGCCGCUCUGGGCAAGGUGGCAUCUCCACAGAAAGCGACUGUGCUUUUGAGCCAGACUACGCUGUCCCACCACUUCCAGUGAGUGAAGGUGAUGCUGAACAAGAACUUGGUCCCCCUCCAUCUGUAGAUGAGGCAGCAAACACACUCAUGACUCGUCUGGGUUUCCUCCUUGGAGAGAAAGUCACGGAAGUUCAGCCAGGUGACCAAUACAACAUGGAAGUACAGGAUGAAAAUCAGACCUCAGCAAUCACCCAGAGGAUAAGUCCCUGUUCCACCUUGACUAGCAGCACUGCCUCUCCACCAGCCAGUAGCCCCUGCUCCACUCUCCCGCAAGUCAGUACAAAUGCAACUGCCAAGGAUAGCAGCUAUGGGGCUGUCACUAGUCCAACCUCCACCCUUGAAAGCAGAGAUAGCGGUAUCAUUGCUACCUUGACAAGCUAUUCUGAAAACAUGGAACGCACAAAAUACGUUGGGGAAAGCAGUAAAGAAUUAGGAUCUGGAGGAAACGUAAAGCCUUGGCAGUCUCAAAAAUCCAGCAUGGAUUCCUGUUUAUAUCGAGUAGAUGAAAACAUGACGGCUUCCACCUAUAGUCUGAAUAAGAUCCCAGAGAGGAAUUUGGAAACAGUUUUAUCACAGUCAGUACAGUCUAUUCCUCUUUAUCUUAUGCCACGGCCAAAUUCAGUAGCAGCCACAAGCUCCACCCACUUGGAGGACCUCGCUUACCUGGAUGAGCAGAGACAUACACCUUUGAGAACUUCUCUUCGAAUGCCAAGACAGAGCAUGGCCGGUGCUCGCACACAACAGGAUUUAAGAGUUCGCUUUGCACCUUAUAGGCCUCCAGAUAUCUCCCUGAAGCCGCUGCUCUUUGAAGUGCCCAGCAUCACUACAGAGUCAGUGUUUGUUGGCCGGGAUUGGGUUUUCCAUGAAAUAGAUGCUCAACUUCAAAGUUCAAAUGCCAGUGUGAACCAAGGAGUAGUGAUCGUGGGAAACAUUGGGUUCGGCAAAACCGCCAUCGUCUCCAGACUGGUGGCCCUCAGCUGCCAUGGAACACGGAUGAGGCAGAUCGCCUCAGACAGUCCACAUGCCUCCCCCAAACAUAUGGAUGCCAACAGAGAGCUGCCACUCACACAGCCACCUUCAGCCCACUCAUCCAUCACCAGUGGAAGCUGCCCAGGAACUCCAGAAAUGCGGAGGCGGCAGGAGGAGGCCAUGCGGAGACUAGCCUCGCAGGUGGUUGCCUAUCACUAUUGCCAAGCAGAUAAUGCCUACACCUGCCUGGUGCCGGAAUUCGUCCACAAUGUUGCUGCUCUGCUCUGCCGCUCCCCCCAGCUGGCGGCCUAUCGGGAGCAGCUUCUCCGGGAGCCUCACCUACAGAGCAUGCUGAGCCUUCGGUCCUGUGUUCAAGAUCCCAUGGCCUCCUUCCGGAGGGGAGUGCUGGAGCCCCUGGAGAAUCUCCACAAAGAGAGAAAAAUCCCAGAUGAAGAUUUCAUCAUCUUAAUUGAUGGAUUAAAUGAAGCAGAAUUUCACAAACCGGAUUAUGGGGAUACAAUUGUAUCAUUUCUGAGUAAAAUGAUUGGAAAAUUUCCUUCCUGGCUCAAACUAAUUGUAACAGUUAGGACCAGUUUACAGGAAAUUACCAAGCUGCUGCCUUUCCAUAGGAUUUUUUUGGAUCGACUAGAAGAGAAUGAAGCCAUAGACCAGGACCUGCAGGCUUACAUCCUGCACCGGAUACACAGCAGCUCAGAGAUCCAGAAUAACAUUUCACUUAAUGGCAAAAUGGACAAUACUACAUUUGGCAAACUCAGUUCUCAUCUCAAGACACUCAGUCAAGGGUCCUAUCUAUACCUGAAACUCACAUUUGACCUCAUAGAGAAAGGCUAUCUAGUGUUAAAGAGCUCUAGCUACAAAGUAGUUCCUGUUUCGCUCUCUGAGGUUUACUUACUCCAGUGCAAUAUGAAGUUCCCAACCCAGUCUUCCUUUGACCGGGUGAUGCCUCUCCUGAAUGUGGCAGUGGCCUCUCUCCACCCACUGACUGAUGAACAUAUCUUCCAAGCCAUCAAUGCUGGCAGCAUUGAAGGCACGCUAGAAUGGGAGGAUUUUCAGCAGAGAAUGGAGAACCUCUCCAUGUUCCUAAUCAAGCGCAGAGACAUGACUCGUAUGUUUGUACAUCCUUCUUUUCGAGAAUGGCUUAUCUGGAGAGAAGAAGGAGAGAAAACCAAAUUUCUCUGUGAUCCCAGGAGUGGUCACACAUUACUUGCCUUCUGGUUUUCCCGCCAAGAGGGAAAACUAAACCGACAGCAGACAAUUGAACUGGGACAUCACAUCCUCAAAGCACACAUUUUUAAGGGUUUGAGUAAAAAAGUUGGAGUAUCAUCCUCCAUCCUCCAAGGUCUCUGGAUCUCCUAUAGCACAGAGGGUCUUUCCAUGGCGUUGGCAUCUUUACGAAAUCUCUAUACUCCAAAUAUAAAGGUCAGCCGACUGCUGAUUUUGGGAGGUGCCAACAUUAAUUACCGGACAGAGGUUUUAAAUAAUGCUCCAAUUCUAUGCGUCCAGUGUCAUCUUGGUUACACAGAAAUGGUGGCCCUGCUGUUGGAGUUUGGGGCCAACGUGGAUGCCUCCUCAGAAAGCGGCCUGACUCCUCUGGGCUAUGCUGCAGCCGCAGGCUUCCUAAGCAUUGUCGUGCUGCUGUGCAAGAAACGGGCCAAGGUGGAUCACUUGGAUAAGAAUGGGCAGUGUGCCUUGGUCCACGCUGCACUCCGAGGUCAUCUGGAGGUUGUCAAGUUUUUGAUUCAGUGUGACUGGACAAUGGCGGGCCAGCAGCAAGGGGUGUUUAAGAAGAGCCACGCCAUCCAGCAGGCCCUCAUCGCUGCAGCCAGCAUGGGUUAUACUGAGAUUGUCUCCUACCUACUUGAUCUUCCAGAAAAAGAUGAGGAAGAGGUGGAACGAGCACAGAUCAACAGCUUUGACAGUCUCUGGGGAGAGACAGCCCUGACAGCUGCAGCCGGAAGGGGCAAACUGGAGGUGUGUCGUCUACUCCUGGAACAGGGGGCAGCAGUGGCCCAGCCAAACCGCCGAGGGGCAGUGCCCUUAUUCAGCACUGUUCGCCAAGGCCACUGGCAGAUUGUUGAUCUUUUACUCACCCAUGGAGCUGAUGUCAACAUGGCAGACAAGCAGGGCCGUACUCCCCUGAUGAUGGCAGCUUCCGAAGGCCACCUGGGAACUGUGGACUUUCUCCUUGCUCAAGGUGCCUCCAUUGCACUAAUGGACAAAGAAGGAUUAACAGCCCUCAGCUGGGCUUGUUUGAAGGGUCAUCUCUCAGUAGUACGUUCUCUGGUGGAUAAUGGAGCUGCCACAGACCAUGCUGACAAGAAUGGCCGCACCCCACUGGAUCUGGCGGCUUUCUAUGGUGAUGCUGAGGUGGUCCAGUUCCUGGUGGAUCACGGGGCCAUGAUCGAGCACGUUGACUACAGCGGAAUGCGCCCUUUGGACAGGGCAGUGGGGUGCCGGAACACUUCUGUUGUUGUCACUCUUCUGAAGAAAGGAGCCAAGAUAGGUCCAGCCACAUGGGCGAUGGCCACCUCCAAACCAGACAUCAUGAUCAUCCUGCUGAGCAAGCUGAUGGAAGAGGGGGACAUGUUUUAUAAGAAAGGGAAAGUAAAGGAAGCUGCCCAGCGCUACCAGUACGCUCUGAAGAAAUUCCCUAGAGAAGGGUUUGGUGAGGACUUGAAAACCUUCCGGGAACUAAAAGUGUCUCUCCUCCUCAACCUCUCUCGAUGUCGCAGGAAAAUGAACGAUUUUGGAAUGGCGGAGGAAUUUGCUACUAAGGCCCUGGAGCUGAAACCGAAAUCUUAUGAAGCUUACUAUGCAAGAGCAAGGGCAAAACGCAGCAGCAGACAGUUUGCAGCAGCCUUAGAGGACCUGAACGAGGCCAUCAAGCUGUGUCCAAACAACCGUGAGAUCCAGAGACUUCUGCUGAGAGUGGAGGAAGAGUGUCGACAGAUGCAGCAACAGCCGCCGGCGGCACAGCAGCAGCCUCAGCAGCAGUUACCGGAAGAAACAGAACCUGAACCCCAGCAUGAAGAUAUCUACUCCGUGCAGGACAUACUCGAGGAGGAGUUCUUGGAACAGGAUGUUGAGAAUGUGUCCAUCGGCCUCCAGACGGAGGCUCGGCCCAGCCAGGGGCUCCCGAUAAUCCAGAGCCCGCCCUCCUCCCCGGCCCACCGUGACGCGGCCUACAUCUCCAGCUCGCCUCUUGGCUCUCAUCAGGUUUUUGACUUCCGGUCCAGUAGUUCUGUAGGUUCUCCCACUAGGCAGAGCUAUCAGUCCACCUCACCUGCUCUUUCUCCGACUCACCAGAACUCACAUUACAGGCCUAGUCCCCCGCAUACUUCCCCAGCUCAUCAGGGAGGAUCUUACCGCUUCAGCCCCCCUCCUGUGGGAGGGCAGGGCAAGGAAUACCCGAGCCCUCCCCCGUCCCCUCUCCGCAGAGGCCCUCAGUAUCGGGCCAGCCCUCCAGCGGAAAGCAUGAGUGUCUAUAGAUCCCAGUCAGGCUCCCCCGUGCGCUAUCAGCAAGAAACAAAUGUUAGUCAGCUUCCUGGCAGACCGAAAUCUCCAUUAUCCAAGAUGGCCCAGCGGCCCUACCAGAUGCCCCAGCUUCCUGUGGCAGUGCCCCAGCAAGGGCUCAGGCUCCAGCCGGCCAAAGCACAGAUUGUGAGAAGCAACCAGCCCAGCUCAGCAGUUCAUUCGAGCACCGUCAUCUCCACAGGGGCCUAUGGCCAAGUGGCCCAUUCAAUGGCUGGUAAAUACCAGUCUUCACAAGGAGACAUAGGAGUAAGUCAGAGCCGGUUGGUUUAUCAAGGGUCAAUCGGGGGGAUUGUAGGGGAUGGGAGACCCAUGCAGCAUGUGCAGGCCAGCCUGAGUGCAGGUGCCAUCUGUCAGCACGGAGGGUUGACCAAAGAAGACCUUCCCCAGCGACCUUCCUCCGCCUAUCGAGGUGGCAUGAGAUACAGCCAGACACCACAGAUUGGGCGUAGCCAGUCCGCAUCCUAUUACCCAGUCUGUCACUCAAAACUAGAUCUGGAGCGUUCCUCCAGCCAACUAGGUUCCCCUGAUGUGUCACAUUUAAUCAGAAGACCUAUUAGUGUCAACCCUAAUGAAAUCAAACCCCACCCACCAACUCCCAGGCCAUUGCUGCACUCCCAAAGCGUAGGCCUUCGUUUCUCUCCAUCUAGCAAUAGUAUCUCAUCCGCCUCCAACCUAACUCCUACCUUCCGGCCAUCUUCCUCGAUUCAACAAAUGGAGAUCCCACUGAAACCGGCAUACGAUAGGUCAUGUGACGAGCUGUCGCCAGUGUCUCCCACUCAGGGAGGUUACCCUAGUGAGCCCACCCGAUCCAGGACCACACCAUUCAUGGGGAUCAUAGAUAAAACAGCCCGGACUCAACAGUACCCCCACCUUCACCAGCAGAAUCGGACCUGGGCAGUGUCAUCAGUGGAUACCGUUCUCAGUCCUACGUCUCCAGGCAACCUUCCUCAGCCUGAGUCCUUCAGCCCACCGUCAUCCAUCAGCAACAUUGCCUUUUAUAACAAAACCAACAAUGCACAGAACGGCCACUUGCUGGAGGACGAUUACUACAGCCCCCAUGGGAUGCUGGCUAACGGGUCGCGCGGAGACCUGCUGGAGAGAGUUAGCCAGGCCUCCUCGUACCCCGACGUGAAGGUGGCUCGGACCCUCCCUGUGGCUCAGGCGUACCAGGACAACCUGCACAGGCAGCUGUCCCGGGACUCUCGACAUGGGCAGACGUCCCCUAUCAAACCAAAGAGACCAUUUGUGGAGUCUAAUGUUUAA